UCGAAGCGAGACGUCGCACGCGGAAACGGAAAUUAUUGCUUCGAUAGGUACGUUGUUGGUUCGUCAGUCGUUUCGAAAUUCGUAUCGGCGAUAGAACACGUGGUUCGCGAUAACCUUUCUUCGUUGGCUCCCGGCUACGUGGUUCUCUCUUUCUGCGCAAAUGAUAUUUUAUUUGCGCGAUAUAGAUAAAUAAAAGACGAAGAUGCGCUCCGUGAAAGAUUCGGAGGACGAGACAGAACAGAAAACAGGUCUGCAAUCACAGAAGAUUAACAUCAACUCUACAGUGAACUCUCCAUUACGCCGUAGUAGUAGAAUAAAACAUAUCAAAAACUCACCCUCUCCUGAUGACAAUCAAUCAAUGGAUGUUGACAUUGUAGGAACACCUAAGAAAAGAGCUACAAGGAGCAGCUUGGCUGCUGUAACUACUGAUACACCUACCAAAAUUAACACUAGAGCAGCAAGUAAGCGUGUUAUGCGUGCUGUUUCGGAGAGUAAGUCACCAUUGCCAGUGGUUAGAACCACACGUAGAACAAGAGCUAGCUCCGUCGAUCCAGAAUCUUUAUCCGAUCAAAAUAGAAGUCAACCUGGCACACCAGUUAAAACACAUAAACAAAUAUUGUCAAAUUCUCCAAUUAAAAAAGAAGAUGAAAAGAAGAUUCGUAUACCUUAUGUACGAUUGGAUACUACAAUAGCUGAGAUUGAUGAACUUACAAAUUCAGGAAAUUCAGAUACUUCUCCGGAUAAAGCAUUACGUUCUCAAAAAGCCCACAAAUUAACAAAACAAUGUAUACAUGAAGAUAAUGAAAAGGAUAAUAGUGAAUCAGAUGAAAUAGUUCAAUUAUCAGAGGAAAGAGAUAACAUACAUGAUAAACAUGUAGAUGAGAUAACAGCAGGUAGUGAAACUAUUCCUGUUCGAGAAUGCAAAGAUAAAGAAGAUCUAUUGUCUAAUGAAGAUACAACUGAUGAGGUCUCUACCAAGGAUAAUUUUUCAAAUCUUAGUAAUAAAGAAUACAAACUCGAGACAAUUAACAAAAAUUCACCAGAAAUAGAAAAAUCAUUACAAAACAUACAUUGUGAACUACCACCGGCCACAAAGAAAGUAAUGAAGAUUAAGCUUGAUGUAGAGUCAUCAGAUACUUCUACUGAAGAUCAAAAAGGAAGUCCAAGUAACAAGGAAAAUCAAAUUCUGAAUAUUAUUAAUGAUACGUCGAUAGAAAUCAACACACAGCCUAUUACCAAUGAGGCAUCAUCAAGUACGAAAUGUUUGACUCCAAUGUGUGCGAAUAAAUCAUUAAGUAAGAAGGAAACUAAAUACAAAAAUGAGUCAAGCUUAAAUAAACGACGUCACUCGAAAGAAUCAAUAGAAACUACUAUGAAACAUGACAUCCUCUUCGAAGAAGAUAACAUUAAAGAAAAGAUGGAUAUUUCUGCAUCUAAUGAAUCAAAUGAGGAUAAUUCAGCAAUUCAAAAUACUCAACCACUUAAUGAAACAGAAGUUGAAUAUGUCACAAGUAUAUCACCUAAAAGAGCAGAAAGAAAACAUAUGUGGUUGAAAAACUCCGCAAAAGAAAACUUAAACCGGAAAAGUACAAAUGAUAUAGAUGAUCAUAUAGAGAAAGAAAAAGAGAAUCUGCAAUUGGAGAAUCAGAAAAAUACAAAUGCGAAUACCGAUCCUGACGUUAGUACUAAUUUGUUACAUGAUACUUCUAGUGAUAACUCGAAAAAAAAAAUUGAGAAGGAAAUUGAUAUUGAAACUAUCUCGAGCCCUCUGUUAUCGAAAGAAUCGGAAAAUGAAAGUGAAAUUGAAUGUGAUCUUGUUUUGGUGAACAAGAAGGCAUGGUUGGCUGCUGAAAAUAUAAAAGCGGCAAAAGAAGCAGAGUCUUUUGAAUAUGAUUCCGAUGAUACCGUGUUAUUAAAGAGCCAAUUAGACGCAAGGACAACGAAUUAUGAUGUUAAACAAUUGGCCACGAUAAAUGAAGAAGGAAGUCGUGAAAAAUCGUUGACCAUGAUGGAGGACAAAAAAAUUGAUUAUGAUAAUAAAGCACUUAAUUUUCCUAAAGAUAAAAAAAGAUGUGUGCUUAAAAAACGUGAGAAUUCUUUUAGCAGUUCGGAAGAUUUAGCCGCAGCUGUAAAUAAAUCUUUAACCGAGUAUAAAGCAAAUAAAAGUUUAAAUAAAAGUGGUGAUCGAUCUGUUUCUAAAUUAAACAAAUCAGGACAAACUGUUGCAAAAAUGACGGAACGAUCAUUUAAAACACAUGAUGAACCAGAUGAACAAAUUGAAGAUGAUACAAAUGAAUUAAACAGAAGCUCGCAAAUAAAUAAGAAAAAUACAUAUUUAUCAAAAUCGAUGGAAAGAAGAAAAUCAUUGAAUAAAUCUUCAACAAAAGAUACACCUUUAAAGCAAGUAGAUAUGCAAAAUAUUUCUAUAAAUAAAUCUCAAUUAGAUCAUUCAAAGAAAAAACCAGAUAACAAGGAUACAGAUUUAAAAAAAAAAUUAAAUAAGAAGCGUUCCUUGAAUAAAUCACAAAAUAAAGAUGAAAACGCAAGCAAACCUGAAGAACAAAACUCUUCAAAUUCAAUAAACACUAAGACAUCAACAGAAGUAAAUGAUGAUGAAAGCGAUGAUAGUGAAGUAGUUGUAUCAGUUAUGGAUUUUGGAUGUAAAAAUUAUUUUAAAAGAAUGCACAAGAGCCCUGUGAAAGCGAGUUUGAUAUCAACUCCUGAUAAGAUGUUGGAUAACAGUGAUGAAGAUGAAUCUAAAAGUCCAAAACUUGUAAUGAUAAAUAGUGAUACUGAAACUAGUACAUCGACACAUUCUAACUCGGAUAUCAAGAGAGAAUAUAAUCUAGAUGGUGUAGAAGAAAAAUUUUCUGAUGAUAAUAUACCAGGUGAUGAAUGCCGAGCUUCAGAAUCGGAAGAUUCAGAUCCUGAUGACAACGGUUCAGAUCUCGCAGAUUUCAUAGUUAAUGAUAAUGAAAUAGAAAAAAAAGAGAACAAUGACGAUGACGAUGAGGAAGAAAAAGAGGAGAGUAAUAAUGAAGGAGAAAAAGAAGAAAAUAUAGAAGAAAUCAGAGAUGUAGAAGAAGAAAACGAAGAUUUAAAAGAAGGAGAAGACGAAGGCGAAAACGAAGGAGAAGACGAAGGAGAAGAUGAAGGAGAAGACGAAGAUGCAGAAGAAGAGCAAUCAGAAGAUGCAGAAGAAGAGCAAUCAGAAGAUGCAGAAGAGAAAAAAGAAGAAGCUGGAGAUGCAGAGGAAGAAGUAGAUGAUGAAAGCGAAAAUGAGCAAAAUGUAAAAGAAAAGGAUAAAGUUGCAAAGAAAAAGAAAAUAGACAAGAAAUCCAAUAUGGCGAAAAAUAAAACUAUUGUAUUGGAUACAUCAAAUUCAGAUUCAUCGAUUAAGAACAAAUCUAUGCAAAAAAAUGAAGAUAUUUUAUUGGAUACAUCGUCUAACUUGUCAGCUAAGAAGAAAAAGAAAUCAGAAGUACAAUUUUCAAAAAAUGUAAAAGUACAAAAAUUGAUAGAGCAAAUAAAAGCUGAAGAACGUCAACACUCACAUGAAAAUGAAUUAUUAAAACAUAGUACCCCAAAAUUGGACACUUACAAGAAAUUCGAAUUUUAUGAAACGCUACUUGAAGAAAAUUUGGAAAUUGAGGAUACCAACAAGUCAGGUAAUACAAAAACAAUACAAAAUACUUCGCUUAAGAAAAAGGAAUUAGAGAUCAAAGAUAGAGAGAGCAAAAGAACAGAGGAAAUACACAAAAAAGCAGAAGCUGAGCUUAAUGAGCAAAAAUGCUACAAUGUAAGACUAGCAGAAGAAAAAAAAUAUGAUACUUUCGAAUAUUGGCGCUUCAAGAAUUUUGGAAUAUCUGGAAUAAAUUGCACUGGAUUGAAUGCCCCUAAUACUGAAUCACCUAAAACCUCCUUUUUCCAAAGCAAUAGAUGCCUCGGAAAAAAAAAAUUAAAUGAAAGUGCACCAGAAUUAGGAGCAGAUAUAUUAAAGAAAACAUCCGUUAAACAGACGAAACAUAUUGCGCAAACUGAAACAAAAUUGGAAAGUGAUGAGAAGGAAAUAUCUAAUCUUGUAACUCCACUUAAUGAUGAGACUGUACAGAAAUCUGAUCGAAAGAAACAAAAGAAACGUAAGACAUCAGUAAAUGACAUUUCGGGCGAAAAUAUUAUCGAUUUACCCUUAAUUCAAGCUAUGAGGGAAUCAGAAGUUCCUAAGAAGAAAAAAUAUACUAAGCUUGCAACUGAUAUAAUUGUAGAAGACGACACUUGCAAAGAUACGCACCAAAUUAAUGAAAAAGAGAAGAAACCGAAGAAGAGGAAAUUGCAAAUAAUAGAACAAAGCGAAAAUGUAAAUGAAGUUGAUGUACUUCAAAAGAAUAUUCGCAAAAACACGACAAAGUUUAUACAACACAAGGAUCAAAAUUAUAAAGCUAAAGAUGUGAAAGUAGAUUUAACUGACUACCGUGGUUCUUACCCUAUCAAUGAGCAAAUUAAACCGCCAAAAAUGGCGGAAAAUCAAGAACUGAUCAUGGAAAAGUUAUUCAGGGAGAUGAAGGAAGAAGAAAAGAAAAAAACUUCGCAGUUGGAAGUUGGAACUUCAACAUUAAAAUCCGAUCAAAAUCCGUCAUCUGAUGAAUCCGAAAACACUGCUUUUGCUAAAGCAUGGGAUAAUGCAUUACAAAUUACACAUGAUUACCUGCUCUUUAAAGCUAACGAUAAGAAAGCAUUAAAGAAAAAACGAGAGGAUGACAAAAAUACGAUUCAGAAGCAGCGAGUUUUGAAAAGCCCUGAUAAGAAACAAAGGAAACAAGUAAUCGAGAAGAACGACUGUUUACCAUCGACAAGUAGAGUGAAACGACUUUCGGAUGACGUGCUUGAAAAUCUUCCGGAUCAGCCCAUGAAAGCGAAAAAGAAACAAAAAAUUUCGCAAAGUCAGGAACGGAUUACAUCAUCAGGACACAGCUCGGGUGUGAUGACUGUGAAGGAUGAUAAGAAUUCCUUUACGUUGAGCACGUCUGGUAGCACCACGAAAUUCACUGUAGUAGACCUAUCAAAGACUAAGAAAUUAUCAAGUUCCAAAGCAGCAGCUUCCUUCAGAGAACGAUUGCUCGCUAGGAAUAGUGAACCUGUUUCAGCGUAUAUGAUGUAUCUUGAAAAGCAGAAGGCAACUGCGAAUAGCCGAUCUUCUCGUAAGGCGUUUUAAGUAAACAUAUUAUUUGAGUUUUCUUAAUUUUCUUAUUUUUAUAAUUUUUAUUUCUUAACUUUCUUAAUUUUUCUUAAAAAAAAGUAGUGGUGUCAAGAAGUAAUACUGCAUUUUUUAAUAGUUUCUAUGUGUUAUAAGUUAAUAUUAUUUUAGCAUUUAAUAUAUCUCUUCAUGGUUUAUUUUUUUUUGUAAAAGAUUCGUUUUUUCUGUAUUCAUAUGAAGUAUGUUACAACAAAUAAAUGUUCUGCAAAUUA